UGCUUGCACUAAACUUUUUUCUUCGUCGCUUUAGAAGCUAAGAUUAAGGAUUUUUAAUAGUUUGCCAAAUGUUUUGAUGCUCUUUGUUCGGACGAAUACCAUAUAAUGUAAAUUAAUAAUAAUCGUUAUUGUCCAACUGUUUACUUGACCACCAAAACAAACGGAAGUGAUGAUGAUGGGACCGGGUAAUCGAAUUUAAUGUAUAUCUUGGUUUCUUGAACUUUUUUCUCUGAUAUGUCAACAACUAACGGAGUUAAUGGUAUGGGAUCUCGAGGAAUACCACAUGAUAAGGUAAAUUUACGCCUGAUUCUGGUCAGUGGGAAGACGAAAGAGUUCUUGUUCUACCCCAACGACUCAGUGGCAGAUGUAACAGACUUUGUCUAUAGAAACUGGCCACGAGAAUGGUCUGAUGAAAAUCCACCUGCCAGUAAUAUUUUACGCCUUAUAUAUCAAGGACGUUUUCUACAUGGAAAUGUAACAUUAGGAGCUUUACAACUUCCGCAGGGGAAGACAACUGUCAUGCACUUGGUGCCCCGAGAAAAUUUACCUGAAUCAAACAAUCAAGGACAGUUAAAAAAGGACAAAAGUGGUGAAAGCAAUUGCAGUAAUUGCUGUGUCAUAGUGUGACAUCUCAUUCUUCAUCAUUUCGUAUUUUUUAUCCAAACGUUGAGGUAGAGGCAUGGGCAGUGAUUCGGCCCCCACAUGGUCGUAUUCACCAGCUGGGCUGUUCUCCGCGGAAAGGACUCUAGCAUCUACAUAUUGACUUUUUACUAAAGCUAGUCUGUGAUACCAAUAUAUAGAGGGAUUUUAGGGAGGAUUUUCAGGGAACAUCUGCAGACAUUUUUUUUUGCAAUGCUAUAAAUUUGCAAUUUACAAGGAAGAAAAAGGGAGGGUUUUGACAGAUUACAAAUAUUUGUAAAUUUUUCAUUAGACUCAAAUUUUAGCUAUGUUUUAUUAAAAAGAAAUUCUGGAAAUAGCAGUUGCAUCAUGGUACUUUUAACCCAUAUUUUUCUUCUGUGCUUUUCUUCAGGUCCUUAUCAUGCAUAGUGUUAGAAUUUGUGAAUCUUUUGCUUAUUAGCUAUAUUUGACUUAAAAAGGCAUUUAAAAUGUUUUAGAUGAACAGUUUUUGUUCUUGUCUUGUUGAUUUUCCCAAUUUUGCUAAGAUUUUAUUAAUUCAUUUUGACUGAACAGAAACAAAUCAAACAUACAAACCCAAAUUGGUGUGUCCACAUAAACUAAUUUGUGAAAUAGAUAUAUUAAUGUUAUAUUCUGGAGGCAGACACAAUUGCAUUAAUACAGAAAAUCUACUAGCUUCAAAUUGGCCACAUAGACAUGGCAGACAGUUAUAAGUCAAUACAACACUGAUUUUCUUAAUGUAAGAUGAUAGUGGAGCCUGGAAUUUGUCAGUUGUUCACCGUUAUUGGCAAAAGAAUUCUCCAAUAUCAGGCCUCCAAGGUCAGCUACACAAAGAUGGAUACAUCUCAAUCUGUCUUAUUUUUUACGUUUUGUUUGAAGGGAAAAAAGCCAGCAGCCAAAGGCCUUAUAAUCAGUGAAGAUUUACAAGAGUUACACAUAUUAUAGCACAUUGACUACCAUAUUUCCCAUAAUGCACUUUUCUUGUUUUCAUACCAUUUCUCAUGAUGCACUUCUAUUGUUUUCAUAUAAAUAUAUAUAUUGUAAGUGUUAAUUGUGUGGAAGUUUUUAAAUUUUAAUUAAUUUAUUCAUCUGAUUAAAACAUUUCAAACUGCUCAAAAUUUAGAGCAUUUUUUUCAUCGUAUUUUUUAUAGGAUGAUUAUCAACAUCUAUUGUUAUACACGUACAUGUAUAUUGAAUAAAUAUGCUGCCUUGGUAGUUGUGAAAUUUAAAAGAUGCUUCAAUAUUUAAACAUAUGCAAUGUUAAAAUUAUUCAUUUUGAAUGUAAAAUCAACUUGAUAUCAAAAUAACAGUAGGAAAGGUUUGAUAUAUUUAAAAUCAUUACAUGCGCUCAAUUGAGUUUUAUAUAACCAAUUCUUAAGGUUUUAUCAAAAGAUGUUCCGUGCAUAUAAAGUCUUUGUUUUUAUAUAGAAACAUUGAUUUUGAAAAUUUUCAUAUUUUCUCUUUAGUAAAACUAUAUAUAAUUGUGAUUAAAUCCUUGAUCAAUCCAUGGAAACAUAAACAUGAGCUGUCCGUGUUUUAACAUAAAUCUACAUGAAAAAUCAACAGGUUAUAUAUAAACACCAUGGCAGUGGACAUUGUGCUUGUUAUUCUAGAUAGCAUCCUAGUCUGUUUAGAAAUGUGAUACUCUCAUAACUUAGAAAUUUAAUAAUUUUAACAUGAAAUUUAAUUACUUAUAUAUCUUGAUAUUGUUGUAACAGCUAUCUGAAUAUAAAAUGCUUGUUCAAAUGAAUUUCCUAAUGGUUUGAAAUUCUGUAUAUGUUUAAUCCAAAUUACUGUUUACAAUAUCCCUUUGUCCCUGUUUUCUUUUUCAGUUUAAAUAAAUUUGAAAUUUUGGCCUUAUUUUUCACACAACCUUGGCAGCAUUGUUCUAUGCAGUUUUAUGAAACACAAUGUGGAGAUGUACACAAUACACUCUUCAAUCAAGGCAUAUAUCCAGCAACACUUAUGUUACCAAAGGAGUACACCAUGUUAUGAGUUCCAAUCAGAUGCUGUGAUUUAGCUAUUUGAUGUUAUCAAAAAUGAAAGACUGUCUCAGAAUUUGUUUCAGAGAGUCAUAGAUUUGGUCUUUGUUUCAAUAGACUUACAUUACUAUCAUAUAUGAUAGGACCAAAUUAUGUUGAUUUUUUUUCCUCUUUUUCUAAAUGAAGUAAAGUCAGCUUAGUUUAGCUAAUCAUAUUAGUUUGAAUACCAUGUUUUAUACUAUGGUAUGCUAGAUUUACACUUCAUUUGAUCAAGAUUGAGGGCUUAUUGUAAACUUUUUGUCAUGGCCACUUUACAUGUUAAAAUUCAUGUUUCUCACAGCUAUAGCUGUUCUUGAAAUUUAAGAAAAAAAUCAAUAUUUUUUAAAUUGGGUUACAUGGUAUAUAUAUUUACAUUAACUUGAAAUAUUGCCUCUUUUUAGGGGGAAUCAGAAUCGUUUAACAUCCCUUCAUGUUUUCUUAAAUCAACUAUUGGAAUUUUUUAUAUUUAACAGUCUUGUUUUAAUUUUUUGAUCGAUUCACACCAGUCACCUCUAGUCUUGAAAAAUUACUUGUAAGAAAGCAUGAUUUAAAAAUGCACAGUUCAUUUCAAUAGCUGAAUAAAUGUUGAUAUCUUUAAUAAUUUAUAAAAAAAAAUGUGCUUGUAAUAUAUAUCUGGAAAGUUUGACCUGUACAUGUGCACAAUGACAAAGUCAUCAUUUGAACAAGCCAACCAGUCAUGAUGCCGAAGUUGGUGCUUCUCAAAUUUUGAAUGUAGUACCUUGUUUUAUAUAUAUAUCUUAUGUAUAUCUGUAAAUUUCUGACUCUGUAUGUAUAUCUGGUUAAUUUCUCUCUUGACUAUUGUGUACUUUAUAAAUCCAAUUUUCUUUCUUACCCCUCUUCCUAAGAAUGUUUUAUUAAUAUCUAGCUGUGAAGUGCAAUACAUGAAAGGCGAACAUUUUUCUAAAAAAUAGCUGCCAUGUAUGAGAAUGCAGAGUAUUAUUACUGAGUAUAUAUAGAAGAAAACUGUAAGGUUUGAGUGUUGAGGAAGUGGAGUUUGUGAUAUCUAGUUAUUAUGUUACAGACUGAGAUGUUCCUGUCACAUGGCUGUCCUGGAUAGCCUCGUUUUCAUCUGCUUAGUAAGGGCAGGUCAGUCAAUGAUACUUGUUGUGGAAUCUGUCAGAUUUAAAAAAAACAUGAAAAUUAAAAACUACAAUGAA